AUGGGAACAGGUUGGGAAUUAACCCAAGCUCUAAAAGAGAAGAUCUUUCAAUAUGCUACACAUAACCAAACACCCAUUUCAUUGCGACAAAUGGUUCAAUUUGGUCCGACGCCUUCUCCAGGUUCAAUAUUUUUAGCAUCAAAAUUCAUAGUUGAAGAAUUACCAAUUCGAUUAGCUAAAAAAGUUAAAGAUUUAGAUAAUGCUCCACAACAAUUAAAUUUAUCACCAUCAACAAUUAAAGUGAAAAAUUGGUAUGCUCAAUCAUUUCAAGAAUUGACUGAAUUACCAAAACCGAAAAUUGAUGAAAAAUUGGCUAAAAUGUUAUUUCAAAAUGGGAAAUAUGAAUGUAGAGAUGAACCUCUAAUUGCCAAUGAAGCCGAUAAUCCAGCUAUAAAUAAUAUUUUUAGUGAUGAUGGAUUAUUAGUUGUUCGUCAUCAUCAUCACGCUCAUCGUCAUCAUCAACAUGAAUCCCAUCAACCACAUGCUACACAAGAGGAACCUCAAUCUAAUCAAUCGUCGAUUAUAUCACCUACAUUUGGAAUGACUUAUUUUACACCUUGUCCCAUGAAUAUUAUCUGGCCAAAGGAAGUCUAUGACUAUAAUAAGCUCGUUUGUGAUGCAUUGACGGUGAUUAAAAAACGUCACGAUGCUACAGUAGCAACAAUGGCUCAGGGUGUACAAGAAUGGAAAACUAGUCAUAAAACCGAGAUUGUAAAUUCACAAAUCCAAACAUUCUUGGAUCGGUUUUACAUGUCAAGAAUUGGGAUUCGUAUGUUAAUUGGUCAACAUAUUGCCUUGAACCAAGCCCAACAUUCGCCUGUCAAACAAAGAAUUAAUUCAUUUUUGAAUGGAUCUGAGAGUGUUAGUCCAAAGAAAAAUUCAAAUUAUGUUGGAAUUAUAUGUACUGAUUGUAAUGUGAGUGAAAUUGCUGAAGAUGCAAUUGAAACUGCUAGAUAUAUUUGUGAAGAUUUUUAUGGAUUAUUUGAAUCUCCUACCAUUCAAUUAAUUGCCCCUCUGAAUCCAGUUAAUUUCAUGUAUGUUCCUGGACAUUUGAUACAUAUGUUAUUUGAAACCUUAAAGAAUUCUUUAAGAGCCACAAUUGAAUUCCAUACUCCAAGAUUAAAACAAAAAAUGAUUGAAGAAAAUCCGAAUUUAAAAUUUGAAGAGAUUGAUAUUAAUGAUUUAAAAUUCCCACCGAUUAAAGUUAUCAUUUCUGAAGGAACUGAAGAUAUUGCCAUUAAGAUCUCGGAUGAAGGUGGAGGUAUUCCAAGGUCAUCCCUUCCAUUAGUCUGGACAUAUCUUUAUACUACCGUUGAUGAAACACCUACCUUAGAACCAGGAUUCAAUCAAACCACAUUCAAGGCCCCAAUGGCUGGGUUUGGUUAUGGAUUACCUAUUUCUAGAUUAUAUGCCCAAUAUUUUGGAGGUGAUUUGAAAUUGAUUUCAAUGGAAGGGUAUGGAACAGAUGUAUAUUUACAUUUGAAUAGAUUGAGUAGUUCUAGUGAACCUCUACCUUGA